UGUGUGUGAGCGUGUGGGUUGGCAUUCAUCACAUUCUGGGGACAACAAACUGUUUACACAGUCACGUCAUGGGGACCUCUGACAGUAUGGGGACGAAAAAUGAGGUCCCCUAAAGGGAAACUCUUUUAAAUGAAUGCAGGAGUCUAUCUGAAGGUGCCUGUGUGGUUUUUUAGCUUUGGCCCAUUGGGCAUGUUUUCCAGUUAGUGUGUGUGUGUGAACGGGGCACGCUUGCGCCCCCUUACAGUUUGAGCUGGUAAGGCACUCACCGUUCCACACACACAGAUCUUCCAAAUAUGGUUUGUUACCGCCCACUUCCUGGUCCUCAUUAAGAAUGAUUAUAGAAGCAAACACAAUUUUCCGUGUUUAAAGGGAGCAAUCGCAAAGGCUCUUCAUUUAAAGAUGUUUGUUGGAUAAAAAGAGGAACUACACACAACAAGUUUGAAAUGCCACCAAGGGUCAGUCCCCUUAAGGAUGCCCUUCAGCAUCUGCAUUCAAAGACUGACAAAACAAGUAAACUAGAGGUGAAAUACAUAAAUGCAGUGAAAGGACGUGGCAUAUUUGCCCUAUCUUCAUUCUCCAAAGGAGAUUUUGUACUUGAAUACAGAGGAGACAUGAUAGAUAAUGCAGAAUCCCAAAGGAGAAGACGCAUUUACCACCCAUCAUGUGUUGCAUUCAUGUUCUCAUUCAAGUGGAGAGGGAGAACAUGGUGUAUUGAUGCUUCGCAAGAAGACGGAUCAUUUGGACGGCUUGUCAAUGAUGAGCACAUACGUCCGAACUGUAGGAUGAAAAGGAUUGACGUCGAUAGGAAACCACACUUGUGUUUGUUUGCCUUAAAUGAUAUACAACAUGGAGAGGAAAUUACAUAUGACUACGGAGGUGAAGACUGCCCACAGAGAAUGCAAAUGACCAUGAAUGCAGCUGAUGUCAUCAUUCCUGUGGACAGCUCCCACCCUGCUGACUUGUUAGAGACUCGGAUGGAUGAAACUGCCCAAGACACUAAUCAACAGAUGACCAUGAAUGCGGCUGAUGGUGUCAUUUCUGGGGAAAGCUCCCACUCUGCUGUCUUGUUAGGACCACACAUGGACGAAACUGCCCAAGACACUAAUCAACAGAUGACCAUGAAUGCGGCUGAUGUCGUCAUUCCUAGGGAAAGCUACCACCCUGCUGACUUGUUAGAGACGCAGAUGGACCAAACUGCCCAAGACACUAAUCAACAGAUGACCAUGAAUGCGGCUGAUGGUGUCAUUUCUGGGGAAAGCUCCCACUCUGCUGUCUUGUUAGGACCACACAUGGACGAAACUGCCCAAGACACUAAUCAACAGAUGACCAUGAAUGCGGCUGAUGUCGUCAUUCCUAGGGAAAGCUACCACCCUGCUGACUUGUUAGAGACGCAGAUGGACCAAACUGCCCAAGACACUAAUCAACAGAUGACCAUGAAUGCGGCUGAUGGUGUCAUUUCUGGGGAAAGCUCCCACUCUGCUGUCUUGUUAGGACCACACAUGGACGAAACUGCCCAAGACACUAAUCAACAGAUGACCAUGAAUGCGGCUGAUGGUGUCAUUUCUGGGGAAAGCUCCCACUCUGCUGUCUUGUUAGGACCACACAUGGACGAAACUGCCCAAGACACUAAUCAACAGAUGACCAUGAAUGCGACUGAUGUCAUCAUUCUUGGGGAAAUCUACCACUCUGCUGUCUUGUUAGAGAUUCAGAGUGAUGACGUUUCGAGUCCACAAGACACUAAUCAACAGAUGACCAUGAAUGCAGCUGAUGUUGUCAUUCCUGAGGAAAGCUCCUACCCGGCUGUCUUUGUAGAGAUGCAGAUGGAUGAAGCUUUUGAUCCACCAGACUCUAAUCAGCAGAUGAAAGACACAGAUGUUGAAGAGUCAAAUGAUGAAUCUGACUCUGCAUCAGGGAGUAGUGAUGAGUACAUACCAGAUACCACUUCUGAAAGUGAAGAGAGUGAUGCGAGCCUGAAACCAAGGACCAAACCCUUUUCUCUUGAUGACGUAUUGAAUGACUCCGGUUCAAUGAGUCCCCCAGUCUGUGACACGACAACUUUAGACCAUGUGAUCUUUGACAGCAACACAACAACAUAUGAGGUCACUGAAGCAGACGGACCCUGCACAAGUCAAGACAUGACUGACAGCAUAGUUGUUCGUGCUUCCAAAAAAAGAAAUGGCAAUAGAGUGUACAACAAGAGACAUUAUUGCUUGUAUUGCAGGAAACCUUAUGCCAAGAUGGCAAGACAUCUAGAAAGUGCACACCAAGAUAAAUCAGAUGUGGCCAAAGCUCUUAGCUUUCCGAAAGGUUCCAAGGAAAGGAAAAAACAGCUGGAUUAUAUUCGCAACAGAGGCAACUAUGCUCACAAUGCUGCUGUUAUGGAGUCAGGGAAUGGAGAAUUGGUACCAUUUAAACAACCACCUAAAGAAGCAAAAGGAGGUGAUUUCAUGCACUGUGCAUACUGCCAAGGACUUUUUACAAGAAAGGUCCUGUGGCGACACAUGCGAAGUUGUAAACUCCAACCUGGAUCAGUUCGCCCCAGACCAGGAAAGAACCGUGUUCAGUCUUUGUGUACAUUCACAGGGCCGGUGCCUUCACACAUAAGUAAACAAUUGUGGGGAGUUAUCAGUGCCAUGAAGCCUGAUCCAAUCACGGAUACAAUAAAAAAUGACCAUGUCAUUACUGAUGUUGGGCAGCACCUGUUAAACAAAGGUGGGAUGUCAGCCAAGAAUCAACAGUGUGUGCGAGAGAAGAUGCGAGAAAUGGGAAGGUUGGUUCACAAUGCCAAGAGAGUUAGCACCUUAAAUAAAAUGGAGGAUUUCAUAAAUCCUAAAAAUUAUUUGGAUAUGGUCAAAGCUGUCAAGUUAACUUGUGGCUUUGACAGUGACACAAACACAUUCUUGAUUCCAUCACUGGCAAAUAAACUUGGGAAUGCCUUAGUUAAAGUCAGCAAACUCUUGAAAGCUCAGGGUUUGAUCUCAGAAAACAAAGAGCUUGUAAGGAAUGCCACUGAGUUUCAAGAAGUCCACAGCGAAAAGUGGAACGAGAUGGUAUCUGCAACAGCGCUAAGGAACAUUGCAGAAGCAAAGUGGAAUGUGCCCACUCUAAUGCCCUUUACUGAGGAUGUACAAAAAAUGCAUCAGUUUCUCAGUCAAAUGCAAAAUGAGUGCAGCAAUGCUCUGUCUGAAAGUCCUUCUACAAAGGCCUGGCUUGACCUGGCAAAGGUGUGUCUAGCACAGACCAUCCUCUUUAACCGACGCAGGGAAGGAGAGGUGGGGAGCAUGCCCUUGUCUGCAUUUCUAUCAAGAGACUCCUCAGAUCCCCACCAGGAUUUGGACUGGGCACUCUCUGAAGUGGAAAAAAAACUUUGCAGACAUUUCUCAAGGAUAAUCAUCAGGGGAAAACGAGGUAGGCCGGUUCCAAUUCUUCUGACUCCGAAAAUGCUGUGUGCAUUAGAACUGCUUGUUAAGCAUAGAGAGGCUUGUGGAGUUCUCAAAGACAAUGCUUACAUGUUUGCAAGACCCACAGCUAUGACACACAUCCGUGGUUCAGACUGCAUCCGUGGCUUCGCAAAGGAAUGUGGUGCAAAGUGUCCUGAGUCACUGACAUCCACCAGACUACGAAAACAUGCUGCAACCCUUUCAACCGUGCUGAACAUGACAGACACAGAGAUGGACCAGCUGGCCAACUUUCUUGGUCAUGACAUUAGAAUCCAUCGUGAGUUCUAUCGACUCCCUGAGAAGACCCUGCAACUCGCCAAAAUCAGCAAAGUCCUAAUGGCACUUGAGCAAGGAAGAUUGGCUGAGUUCCAUGGCAAGAACUUGGAUGAAAUUACAAUUAAUCCAGAUGAAAAAGUUCUGGAUUGUGAUGAGGAAGAUGGGAAGAGAGAGGAAGAAAACUGUUCAUCUGCUGUUAAUGAGCAACCAGCAGACGAGACAAUUCCACCUACUGAAGGGAAUGAAUUCCCAUCAACAAUCAAGACACGCAAACUGCCAUCAGCAGAGGAAGUGGUAUCUUCUGAAGCCUGUGCUGUAAGACCUUCUUACAAAGAGCCAUCAGCAGAGGAGACUCUUACAGCUACUGAAGGGAAUGAAUUCCCAUCAACAAUCAAGAGACACAAACUGCCAUCAGCAGAGGAAGUGGUAUCUUCUGGAGUCAGUGCAGUAAGACCUUCUUACAAAGGUAAAACCGGCCCAAAAAAAAAACCUUGGCAGCAGGCAGAGGUGCAGGCAGUCGAGAAGCACAUGAGUAGAUUCAUCACUUCUUGUAUUGUGCCAGCAAAGAGUGACUGUGAGAAAUGUUUAAGAGCUGAACCAGUAGCUCUCAAGAACCGGGAUUGGCAUACCUUGAAAUUUUAUGUGUAUAACCGCAUUACAGCCUACAAGAGGAAAAUGAGUAAAUAGAAUAUUUCUCAUCUUUCAGACCACUUUGGCAUGUCAAGUUAUAAAGUGUUAAGCAUGUUUAAAAAUAUACAAGUUUGUAUUGUUGCUUUAAGUGUUCUCUUGAGAGAAAGCAAAUGAGCUAGACUCAUUAAAAAGUUCAAAAGUAUAAUUUAAAUGAGUUUGAUUUCUUGAACUAAGGAAAUUAUUAUUUACUAUGAAGUUAUGCAGCAAACAACACAGACAAACAUGAAUACUAGUUGUAUUAGGGUUGUUGAGUAUUCUGUGUAGUUACAAUGAUGACGAUGUAAACAAAGAAUAACUUAAAAUGAGAUUAGGUUUAAAGGUUUGACUUUUUGUUUGGCAGACAUUUGUGUGACAACAAUUUCUAGACAGUAAUUCAUUACUCAAAUAUCGGUACUUAAGUGACCACUGAUAUCAAAAAGAUUAAGUAAGAACAAUGUCUCUAGUAUAAAUGCUCAUUUAAUUUCAAUUUUAUUUUAUUUGUAUAGUUCCAAUUCAACGAAAGUCAUCUUUCUAAAUACAGAAUGUCUAGACCUUACUCCUCAUUAAAUCAAAUUGUAUGUUUACCACGUUUUCACUAUAAAUAAAAACUAAAAAAAGUAUAUAGAUUCUGGUAUAGGUUAAAUAAUGUGAUUGUGUUAUGGAUAGUACUUUCGUGCAGUUUGGUUUGCAAUGUAGAAUUGUGAUUCCCAACAAUAUCCAACCCUACUUAAGAAUCCUCUUUACCACAAACCACUAGCACAGUAGUUAAAGCCUUUUCCUUAGUGAAAAUAUCAUAAUGACACGCUUUCUGCAUUAUUAUUGGUGCUGGUAAAGUUGAUUUUAAUAUUUGCAUUAUUGUGGUUUGAUUCUAGUAUUUGGUCUAAGCCCUGCAGAUAGCAGCUUGCUUACUUUAUGAAAAAUGUAUUAUUCAAGACAUAACCUGGUUGGUAGAGGACAGCUUCAUAGCAGUUUACAGUAUGAAGGAGUCACAAAGUGGUUAUAUUAUGGGCUGCCAUUGUUGUAGUGAACCUUGUGAUCAAAAGAAGACAGCUCAAAUCCAAUAAUCUGAGGAUUAUAUCACUUAAGCAUGUUGUUCUACCAUGGUCCCCAGUAAUCAGUUGGAAAUCUGUGUAAAUUAUGCAAAUUAUAUUUAAAUUAGGUCCCCUACAAACAUGUUUACUGGAUUUUUCAUAGGUCCCCAGUUAGCAUGAUGAAAACCUUACUUCAUCAAUUCAGAUAUUUGAAGUCGUGUAUGAGCUAACCAACCAAUGGUGAGUGUACCUGAUUUUUUUCAUACCUCUAGAACCUCUAGAAAGGGUGGUCCCCGCAAGUGAUGAUCAAAAAUUUGGUCCCCAUUGCAAAUGGUAACCAGUAUGUGUGUGUGUGUGUGUGUGUGUGUGUGUGUGUGUGUGUGUGUGUGUGUGUGUGUGUGUGUGUGUGUGUGUGUGUGUGUGUGUGAGUGUGUGUGUGUGUGUGUGUGUGUGUGAGU